GCCGAGCGCAGCCCAGGGGUCUCCCAGAGGAGGCGCCACGGCGCUGGCUGCAGCUGGUGGACUGCUCCUCGUCCGUGUGCGCAGCGCAGGGAGGAUCAGGGCCUCGCUGCGGUGCUGACAGGCGCGGGGCUGAUGCUGCUGCCUGCUUGUGCGGAUUUCAUCGCAGGAGGGGACGUUCAGGGCCGAGGUCCAGUGGCUCAGAUUCCCAUCCCCCAACCUCCUGCCGGCACUCAAACUUUGAUAACAUGCUUUUGAGAAGUUCAGGAAAAUUAAAUGUGGGCACCAAGAAAGAGGAGGGUGAGAGUACGGCCCCCACCCCUCGUCCGAAGAUCUUGCGAUGCAAAUGCCACCACCACUGUCCAGAAGACUCAGUCAAUAAUAUUUGCAGCACAGAUGGAUAUUGUUUCACCAUGAUCGAGGAAGAUGACUCUGGGAUGCCUGUGGUGACGUCUGGAUGUCUAGGCCUGGAAGGCUCAGAUUUUCAGUGUCGGGAUACUCCCAUUCCUCAUCAAAGAAGAUCCAUUGAAUGCUGUACAGAAAAGAAUGAAUGUAAUAAAGAUCUACACCCUACACUGCCUCCACUGAAGAACAGGGAUUUUGUCGAUGGACCUAUACAUCACAAGGCCUUACUUAUAUCUGUGACUGUCUGCAGUUUGCUUUUGGUCCUUAUCAUUUUAUUCUGCUACUUCAGGUAUAAGAGACAAGAAACCAGGCCUCGGUAUAGCAUUGGGCUGGAGCAGGAUGAGACCUACAUUCCUCCAGGAGAGUCCCUGAGAGACCUGAUCGAGCAGUCCCAAAGCUCAGGCAGUGGAUCAGGCCUCCCUCUGCUGGUCCAAAGAACGAUAGCGAAGCAGAUUCAGAUGGUGAAGCAGAUUGGAAAAGGCCGCUAUGGAGAAGUCUGGAUGGGAAAGUGGCGUGGAGAAAAGGUAGCGGUGAAAGUGUUCUUCACCACGGAGGAAGCCAGCUGGUUCCGAGAGACAGAAAUAUAUCAGACAGUGCUAAUGAGGCAUGAAAACAUAUUGGGGUUCAUUGCUGCAGAUAUCAAAGGGACAGGGUCCUGGACCCAGCUGUACCUCAUCACAGACUAUCAUGAAAAUGGUUCUCUUUAUGAUUAUUUGAAGUCCACCACCCUUGACACUAAAUCAAUGCUAAAAUUAGCUUACUCCUCUGUCAGUGGCCUGUGCCACUUACACACUGAAAUCUUUAGUACUCAAGGCAAACCAGCUAUUGCCCAUCGAGACCUGAAAAGCAAGAACAUCCUCGUGAAGAAAAAUGGAACUUGCUGUAUUGCCGAUCUGGGCCUGGCUGUUAAGUUUAUCAGUGACACGAAUGAGGUUGACAUACCGCCCAACACACGGGUUGGCACCAAGCGCUACAUGCCUCCAGAAGUGCUGGAUGAGAGCUUGAACCGAAACCACUUUCAGUCCUACAUCAUGGCUGACAUGUACAGCUUCGGCCUCAUCCUUUGGGAGGUUGCUAGGAGAUGCGUUUCCGGAGGGAUUGUGGAAGAAUACCAGCUUCCCUACCAUGAGCUGGUGCCCAGCGAUCCCUCCUAUGAGGACAUGCGGGAGAUUGUGUGCAUCAAGAAGUUGCGGCCCUCAUUCCCCAACCGGUGGAGCAGCGACGAGUGUCUAAGACAGAUGGGGAAGCUCAUGACAGAGUGCUGGGCUCACAACCCCGCAUCCAGACUGACAGCCCUGCGUGUGAAGAAAACACUCGCCAAAAUGUCAGAGUCUCAGGACAUUAAGCUGUGAUGGAGAGGGCAGGAUGCACUUCUGGGGAAGGCAGAUGGAUGCUUCACUGUGCAUGGUGGAGCGCAUGAUGUGAAAGCGUCUUUAGUACCAGCCUUGAACGCCGUCCUCUCCCUCUUCCGAGGGCUCAGACCUCGCCUGCCUCUCCGGGAGCAGCCAGGUGGACCAGGAGCCCCCACAGGCAGGCUCUCCAGGUCUGUUGUAGGAGGGAGAAGCUGGGCGACUUGUUCAAGAUAUGCAUGUUGCUUUCUAGGAAAGCCCUGGACUUUUGGUUUGCCAUUUUUUUUUUAAAGAUGCUUUAAUUUUGCCAAAAUAAAUAUUGUAGAUGUUUCAA